GCACAUGGCCUAGGGAUUUGACCAUGUAACAUGCAAUUUAUUGUACAAAAUAAUAAUCCGAAGAUAUGAGUAUGACGAUUGAGGACGACGAACGUAACCUGGAAGAAACCCCAGUGGGUGGAAGCGAAAUGGAGCUUGGAGAGCUCAGAAGCCAUGGAAUCAGGCGAAAGCAGCUUCUCCAUAUCAAUCACAGGCACCUCAUCGUCACCAAUAACAACCGAUCCGCCAUUUUCAUCAACCACAGAUCUCGUCACGAGCUCCUCCCUUUCCCUUAUGUAUCUUGGAGGAACAGCGGCUCGAGCGUUGUUGGAUUUGGCCAACUCCUGAACACUAGGGACCAGAAGUGAGCUCCCGAGCUUGGAAGAACCCAUCUAGCUCUCUCUCUCUCUCUCUCUCUCUCUACGUGUUUGUGGUACGUAAUGUGUAAUAGCUAGCAGCAGUAAGAUGGUGGUAUAUAUCUAGCUAUUGGGAUGAAAGUUGGAUACCAAACUGCGUGCGUUGUAUAUGAUUCUAUUUAUAGGAAACGAUUAAGACCAAAAACCUAACCUUAAUCACGUACGUUUGACCUAAUAUAUUAAUACGAAGAGAUCGAUCGAUAGUGACGAUUUCUAGAAACGUAGCAACCCAGCAGUUGAAUAAUGGAACUUGGGCUGCGUUGACAAAUCUGUUCCUCCAUCCUUCAGGUAGGUUUGGUGCCAAUUAGCUAGCUAGAGAUCUGUCCAUGGUGGUUCGGCGGCUGUUUUCAUCAAUGCAAAUAGUCCUUGCUAACGAAAAGUACCAUGUAUCUAUCUAUCUUGUUAUUUAUGGAUCAAUCAGUCGAUCUCCCCCACAUUUGAAGAUGAUUACUAUUUCGUAAAAUAUACAUAUAUAGGGUUGAAUACAACCCCACCAAAAUAUAUUGUAAGUUAUGGCAAUUCAUUAUUCAUCUAAACAUGUUAUUGGAUUCUCUCUAAUAGAUUAUAUACGAGGUUGAAUAUACAUAAAUAAUGAGACGAACACGUAUAUACGGAGGGGCAGAUUAUGUGUAUGAAUUUGGUAUAAGUUGAGUGUAACUUCAGCAUUAAAACUCUAUCUAGAUUUCGAAUUAAUAGAAUUUAAGGACCUGAUACUAUACCCUAACUUUUAAUGGAUGAACCCUAGGUCUUAGUUAUCUAAAUCAUAAACUAUAAACCCUAAGAUGGCGCAUUCAUUUUUUUGUCUAUAUUUGGGCGAAUCAUAACCGUCGAUUAUUAUUGUUUCCAAUUAAAUUGAUCUUGGGGGUAUAAGAUUUAGAGAAUUAAGGCAUAGAUUGUGAACUAUAAGGGUUAGAGUAUAAUAUCAUGCCCGGGAAGUUCAAUCAAUUCAAGGUAUAUAUAGCGUUUUCAUAUUCAAGGUAUGCGGUACUCCGGAUUUCAUCUUAGAUAUCGUAGAACUCCAUAUAUAUAUCCGUAUGAAUGUGUAAGAGAUUAGAUUAAUUGUAUGCUAGCAACGGAUAGAGCACUUCUACUAUGCUAUAUAGUAUUGGUGCUUUAAUGUACAACUUAAAGUUGUACCAUAACAUUAAAUGUAUAAGUUUAGGUUGUACCAUAAAACAAUUUGUACCAUUAUGUUAUGGUACAACUUUACAACUUAAAGUUGUACCAUCACAUAAAAGUACAAGUUCAAGUUGUACCAUAAAAGAAUUUGUACAAAAAGUAUAGGUACAAUCUGAAGUUGUACCAUAACGUAAAUGUACAAUUUUAAGUUGUACCAUAAAGGCAAAAUCCUAUAGCACCAAUACUAUAUAGCAUUGUAAAAUUUCUCCAACGGAUAAUGUGCGUAAAGAAUGUUAUGUAUGAAUAAACUUGGCCAUAAAUGUGUAUAUAAAUCAUACAAAUGAAUGAAUUUGUAUGAACUAGGUCAUGAUUGAUGGAUGUAAUAGAUAAUUAACCACGAAUUGAGUAUUAUAUAAACUAGACCCUAACUAUGUAUAAUCAAGCCAAAUGAUGAAUGUAAAAUAUGACCGUAUAAAGAUUAUUGGGAUUUUCUAUGGUGACUUGAAGUAACGUGACUUGAAUAUUUUUACCUGCUAUAACAGGUUUCACAGGUCGCAUUACGUAAAACACUACAGGUGUUACGUGAUGGUUACGUAAUAUAUUCUUAUCUUACGUAACAGUUGUAAAAGGUCAUUACGGAAGCCUUACGUAAUGGACGAUCUUCUUACGUAAUGAAUAUUCACUAUGCAU